AUGGAUCCAGUGGAGGUUCAGCAGCAAUUGAACGCCAACUACUACUUCAACUGUGUCUCUUUCACGCUGAUAUUCUACGACUAUUUCCUCACGCUUGAAUGGGAAGUCUCGCGAUACUGGGGCCCGUCGUUCACAUUCCGCUGGCCGACCAUGGUCUUCUUCGCGAAUCGAUAUGCAACUAUCCUGGGCAACAUACCCGCCGCGAUCGAGUACUUCUGGGCCACGCCCAGCUCGCCCGCAAAGUUCACUACGUAUCACAAAUACUUCGUCAUCAUCAUCCAAGUCUUCAUCACCGCUCUCCUGACCGUCCGGACGUAUGCGCUUUACGAGCACAGUAAACGGAUCUUGGCCCUCAUCAUGGGCUUCAUAGUCGUCACCGCAGGCUUAGGGCUGUGGGCUACCUUUCGCCUGAACAUCGACCAAGCCAGCACAACGUACCAUGCCGAGCCGUAUUUCGGGUGCACCAACACCACCACCCGGACCCAGGCGCUGAAUUUCGCUGCACCCUGGACCAGCCUGUUCUUCCUCGAUUGCGUCAUAUUCGUGCUCACUGUCAGGAAGGCGUUCCAUGGAUUUCGCGAUCGCCACAGCACGGGCAGCGAGCUGUUCACUGUCCUGCUACGCGAUGGCUCGGUGUAUUUCGCUGUGAUGGCUCUCGCGCACUUGUCGAACAUCAUGACAUUCUUUUUCGGCACAGAUUACACGCGUGGGAUCGCGACGACCUUCACGAGCAACAUCGGCUCUCUGAUGAUAUCGCGGCUCAUGCUGAACCUCCGCGACCCCGAUCUCAGCGAUCUCAACCAGACGGGCCAUACCAGGAACCCUGAAGAAACUGAACUGACCGCUGCGAUCCAAUUCGCGUCUGUGGCUCCAGGAAGCCAAAGCUCGGAAGGCGCGGGUUGAAUUUUUCUUUCGCUGUUGUAAUCAUUGUAAGCAAGUACUGUACGUCGUUAUCGCUCGACCUCACUGUAUCAUUUGUCGUUGGAAAUCGUUCCUCUCCGGUAUCUCCCGCCAGGCCCUGCAUAGAUCCACCCCCGAUGCUGCAGCCAGGGAUCCGUAGCAAGAAUGAGCUUAGUCCCGCUCAUUUCUCGCGCUCAAUUCGCUUCGAGUCAAGUCUCCAAAUCAAUGAUAUGUCAAACC